UCCAAAUUUUCUGGUGCAAUGGUAGCCUUACAAGUCCAUUUUUUGCUGAUUCCAUCCCUCGUGAGCAUCAUGGGAGCAGCACAGUACAUGAUGCAGGAUGCAGCCCUGCUGAGCUACAUGGACCAGCGUUUUCUGUCUCUGGAGAAGAGGCUGCAGAAAUGCAGCCAAGACGUGCUGGAAUACGUGGAUGAAUUCCGAGAGUUCUCCAAGGCGGUGCUGUCCCGCCUGGCAGGGCUGAGCAGCGACAAGGCUGAGCUUAAGGACGAAGUGGAGAAUUUGCUGAGGCGGGUCGAGCACGCCCAGAGGGACAUUGACUACUUUGGAUCUGUCACGGAUUCCAACGCCUGCGUGGAAGUGCACGAGGACCUGCUGAAACAGCAGCUGCUGGAAGAGGCGGAAGAAAAAAAGAGACUUAAACUCAUGUUUAACGCAAGUUGUGACCACAUGCUUGCAGGUAUUAGGUCCCUGAAGGUAGUUAAGAAGACUGGAGGAAAGCAUGGCUCUUGGAUGAAAGAUCCUGGCAAAAAGCACGGCAAGAUUUAUUUAUUAAGUGGCUCUGUAAAUAACGUGAUUUUGGAAUUUGCAAAUAUCAUGGCUUUCAUGGAAAACAAUCAGACUCUGAAGGCUCGCAGAGUCCCCUUGCCACUGCCCUGGGAAGGAACUGGCCACGUCAUCUAUCAGGGUUUCCUCUUCUACCACAGACACGGCUCCUUGAACGAGAUCGUUAAAUUCAAUAUCCAGAGAAGAAACGUAGCUGACCAGAUGCUGCUGCCAGGGGCUGGGAGGAUUCCUGCCUACCAGCUCUCUCCACAGACAAAAAUAGACCUGGCUCUCGACGAGCAGGGGCUGUGGGCCCUCCAUGCAGAGCCAGAGACCCGGGGGAACAUUGUCCUCACCAAAAUCAACCCGGUCGCCAUGGCCGUGGAGCACAGCUGGGACACGCCCUGCAGCAGCAGGGAUGCUGAGGCAGCUUUCAUGGCCUGCAACACCCUCCACGUGGUCUACAACUCUCCUUCUGGGGGCUCCUCCCGCAUCCAGUGUGUUUAUGAUGUUUUGGGUGCUCUGAGUGCUCACACAAACCCAGGGCUGCAUUUCCCGAAACGCCAGGGUGGCCACUCCACCAUACACUACAAUCCCAAAGAAAAGCAGCUCUUCGCUUGGGGCGAUGGAUCCCAGAUCAUUUACAAGCUUCACAUGGAGCAGAAAGUUUAAAACUUUCAGCAGCUUUUCAAAUAGACCUAAAAGCCACCAGUCCCACGUCAACACAGCCUUUUUUUGUGUAUUAAAAUUACAUUAUUCCCAUCCAUUACAACUUUCAUCCGUUUUGCAUAACUUAAGACUUAUG